AUGAAGGCCGGUCUUACCUCCCUCCUCCUCGCCGCCUUGGCUGGCUCCUCCGUCGCUCAGACGCAAAGGAUCAACACAGCCAAGUUCAAUGAGGACUACCUUCGUGCUUCCAGUGCGCCCAACGCUGUUGGAAUGGCGGAGCUUCGCCAGCGCAAGAUGGCCCUCCACGAGAGCGAGGCCGCUGCCGGUGUCUUCGACAAGGACCGCUACAAGGUGCUCGGCUCUUCGACACCUUGCUCCGGUGGCAAGGCAGGAGAGUACUCUUGCAACAACAUCGACCUUAUGGGUUUCUUGCGUCACCAGGAUAUGGGUAGCCGCACCCGUGUCGGUAACGACAUCUGGGGUUGGACACACUCAAGUGGUCGCGAGUUUGCUCUCGUUGGACAGUCAGACGGCACUGCCUUUGUCGAAGUCAAGAAGGAUGGUAGCCUGACCUACGUUGGUCGCCUCCCUACCCAGACUGUCGCUUCUUCAUGGCGCGACAUCAAGGUAAUUGGCAACUACGCCUACAUCGGCUCUGAAGCCGCUGGUCACGGUCUUCAGAUCUUUGACCUGACCAAGCUUCUCAACACUGACCCCAAGAACCCUCCUACCUUCAGCAUCAGGAGUGACUUGGCCGCUCACUUCAGCGGUUUCGGCAACAGCCACAACAUUGUCGCCAAUGAGCAGACAGCUCUCAUUGCUGCUGUUGGUACAGCCUACGAUCUCAAGUGCCGUGCCGGUCUCUGGAUGAUCGAUGUCUCCAACCCCAAGCGACCCCAGGAUGCUGGCUGUGUCGCUUCCGAUGGCUAUGUCCACGACGCUCAAUGUGUCAUCUACCGCGGACCCCAGAAGGCAUUCCAGGGUCGCGAGAUUUGCUUCAACUACAACGAGGAUGCUCUUACCAUUGUUGACAUCUCUCGCCGAACCAUGCCCCGCCAGCUGUCUCGCACCACAUACAACGGUGCUACAUACACCCACCAGGGCUGGGUCACUGAGGACCACAAGUACCUCCUUCUGGACGACGAGCUCGAUGAGCAAGAAAAGACUGGUCCUGCUGCUGACCAGCACACCACCACAUACAUUGUCGAUAUCCAGGACCUUGAGUUCCCUGUUUUCCGCGGUGUCUACAAGAGCCCUGUUCGCUCAAUCGAUCACAACCAGUACAUUGUCGGUGGUGUCUCAUACCAGGCCAACUACGGAUCCGGUCUGCGCAUGGUUAACGUCAGCUCUAUUAACCAGGACGAUACUGGCGCUGGCUUCAAGGAGAUUGGUUUCUUCGAUGUCCACCCCGAGGAUGACGAGGUCGGUGGUGAGGCUCAGUUCUACGGUGCUUGGUCUGUCUACCCUUACUUCCAGAGUGGUCACAUUGUCGUCAGCUCUAUUGAGCGUGGCAUGUACUCUCUCAAGUACACUGGUUAG